AGACGCCCUGUUUUAUUUCAGCUGUUUACAUAAACUCGGACAUUUAAAAUUGUUCAAAUAUGUUAACUGUUUAGUAACUUAAAUAAUCAGCUGCUGGAUUUCUCCUGCCUCGCACGCUUCUAUUAUUACACGAGAACCAUAACCUACGACAUGUAUAACUUGGGUUUAGCCAGAAUGCUGAGAUUGCAGUGCUUGAAAACUCUCUCGGAUCAAAAAAUCCAUUGGAUAACAACAUGUACCAAGGAACAAACGUGGGUGCGAGCGACCUGCAAGCAUUUGCGAUUAUACACUACAACAUCGCCAGGAGAAGAAGAUAAAGGAGGACGAGCACUAAAACAUACAUUUACGAAUAGAGGCGGACUGACUUAUAAUUCUUUAAGUCAACUUCAAGGUAUCCAAUGUCAAAAUGAACGACAAAUUCACAUGGCAGCCAGCCGGCUACUUGCACCUGCUGCUUCAUCAGAAAGUGAGCCCAAGGAGAGCGGACGAAAGCCGGAAGAUUUAGAACGUGCCUACGACGUUCUGAAGAACACCCUGCCCAAAUUGUUUGUGGAACCACUGGACUACUCCAUAUACAGCCCAAACCUUGUAUUUCAAAACAAUAUCACAGGCAAACACACAGUCGGUCUCUAUCAUUAUGUCAAGCAGAUCGCUAUCUUGCGAACGGUAGGACAUUUGAAAUACGCUUAUGUCAAAUUCGAAAUUUUGAAAAUAACUAAGCAUCCAGAGGACUAUACAGUAAAGAUCAGAUGGCGCGUGAGAGGAAUUUCCGGACUAAAAGUGAUGUUCCAGUUCUGGAAGUACAAGCUGUGGCAAAUGAAGGAGGUGCUCAACGAUCAGGAGGCUUGGUAUGAUGGCUUUUCAGUGUGCUAUUUGGGUGAUGAUGGCCUAAUUGUUAAACACGUUGUGGACAAAGUGAUGCCCCACGAGAAUCAGGAGACCGUAAGCGACGGCCCGUCAGCCGCUCUGCCAACAGACUCCUUGGCAGCGACGGCAUCACAAAAGAUUAAUUAGACAUUUAAGUGCGUUACUACUUAUUUAUUCAUUUUACACAACUACCAGUCAUUGUAAAUAUGCUUAUAAUUGUCGUAAAAAAAAACAAGCAAAUACACUGCAACAGCCAAGGAAA